CGAUGAUGUCACCUUUAUUGCAGAUGUCAAUUUUAUGUCAAAACAAAUUUAUUUCACUUGAAAAUUUGCAAAAUAUUGUAGAAAUACUUAUUUUAAAAUGGGUUUAUUCGGUAAAUCACCCGAAAGAAACCCUAAAGAAAUGGUGAACGAAUGGUCACAUAAACUUAGGAAAGAAGGCUAUAAUUUGGACAGACAAAUAAGAAGUAUACAGAGAGAAGAGGACAAAAUCAAAAGAUCAUUGAAAGAAGCCGCAACAAAGAAUGACAAACAAGUGUGUACAAUACUGGCUAAAGAAAUUAUCAGAUCAAGAAGAGCUAUCAGCAAAAUAUACACUAGCAAAGCACAUUUGAACUCAGUACAGUUGCAAAUGAAAAAUCAAUUAGCUACAUUAAGAGUUGCAGGAUCAUUGCAGAAAUCCACAGAGGUGAUGCAAGCGAUGCAGGCGCUGGUCCGCCUGCCGGAAGUGGCCGCGACGAUGCAGGAGUUGAGCAAGGAGAUGAUGCGUGCGGGAAUCAUCGAGGAGAUGCUCGACGACACCAUGUCCAGUAUGGAGGAUGAGGAGGAAAUGGAGGAGGCAGCGCAGACUGAGGUUGAUAAGGUGCUAUGGGAGUUGACGCAGGGCAAGCUGGGCGAGGCGCCCGCGCCCCCCACCGCCGUCACCGCGCCCUCCACCAGCCGCGAGGAGGAGGCGCCCGAGCCCGACGAGAACGAACUCGACGAGAUGCAGUCGCGGCUCGAGGCGCUGCGCUCCUAGGACAUGACGCUACUCACGCUGCGGUGAUGCUGAAGAGAUUUUCAACUAUGCACGAAUAAGUCCCGAGCGAUCUAAACGAACGGUUCCACGCCGGCAGGAGAAGUCAACAAAUGCCUUAAACAUUUUGUAAAUAAAUUUUAAUUUUAUCGUUGUUACAUUAUUAAGAUUGUAUUAAUACAUGAUUAGUGGAUCUGUACUAGAUCUCAGAUGUCGCUUCCAAUUAAUAUAAGCCAUUAAUAAUUGCUUUGUUACCGCGAUUUCGUGAAAUAAUAUAUUUAUUAUGUUUAAAUAAAUCAGCAAAUGGGGUAAGGCAGCAGUGUGCGCCAGUGAUGGGGCAUCGUACCAUUGCGGAGAAUUGACAUUACUCCAUGACUGCAAAAUAUAAAAAACUAACAUUUUGUGUUAAUAUUUUAUCUGGUUGUAUCAAAUAUUACGUUCAUUUAAUGGAUGAUUUCACUAGCUGCUCGCCUCAGGAAUAAAAAAAAUGAAUUUCCAUCAUCAUUGAGUAAUUAUAAAAAAGGAAACCAACCACCCAAUACGUGCCUUAAGCUUUCAUCUUUCUGUGGCACCCUGCACUGAUUCGGAGAAGGAAGGAAAGAUUUUUAAGCUAAAAGACUAUACUCUAUUUAUAUGGACUUAGCGUUUAUUUUUUUGACACAAUAGUUAAUGUGAAACCCGAUUAUUGUUCUCAUAUAGGUACUGAGUAUUAAGCAGUAGGCAACAUCAUUUCUCCACCAAAAUGUUUGAUAUUAGAAAACUACAUAUUAGCUUAAAAAUCUUUACCAUCCCUUUCUGUCUUGCGUAAUCCUCAUAUUUAGUAUUAAAAUGGGAGAAAUUUUAACAUCAAAGCAAUUCUCGCAAACGGAUUUUUAGAGCAAGAUUAGCUUCACAGCAAACACAAUACUUAAUUUUUCUUACGACAAAUGUACAAACUAACCGAUGUUGAUGUCAUUUUAUUGACGUGCGCGUUUAUUGUAAGUGCUGAAUGUUGCAAUAAAUUAUUAAUUAAU